AUUGCCGUGUUUGACCUCAAAACCAGUCACGCCAAAUAUUAAAUAUAAUAUUCGCUAAAAUAUCAAAAUUAUAUAUUUAAUUUUCUUUUGCACAAAACACACGCACACACAGACACAGACACAGACACAGACGCAGUAAGAGAAAUUAAAUCUCAAAGACUCAAAAUACGGAUUUUUGAUUCAUAUUUUUCAUUUUCGAUUUCAUCUUCGAGAAAUCCCAAGUAGUCAGAAUUUUCUUCUUUGUCUCAGCAAGAAGAAAGAUUUCUGCUUUCGUUUCCUGUUCGAGCUUUUGGGUUGUUUUGUUUGUUUGGCUCAAUUUUCACGAGAAAAUUCGACCUUUUUCUCGGCCGGAUUCGGAAGUCCAAUGAAAACCGGCGAUUUCCGGUGAAAGAGAGAAACGGAGAUGAGACGUGUGAAUGGAGAGUCGAGAACUGGGAACAACGCUUUGGAGACUAUAAACGCAGCUGCUUCUGCGAUCGCAGCCGCCGAGAACCGUGUGCCUCAAGCCACCGUUCAGAAAAGAAGAUGGGGGAGCUGGUGGAGCAUGUAUUGGUGUUUUGGAUUUCAAAGACACAAAAAGAGAAUUGGACAUGCUGUCCUUGUCCCAGAAACAACAGACCGUGGAGGUGAUGCUCCUAGAGCUGAAAAUCCAAUCCAAACACCUUCCAUUGUACUUCCCUUUGUUGCACCUCCGUCCUCUCCUGCAUCAUUUCUUCAAUCAGAACCUCCUUCUGCCACACAAUCACCAGCUGGUUUUUUCUCUCUCACUGCCAGCAUGUACUCCCCUAGUGGCCCUACCUCAAUUUUCGCUAUUGGUCCUUAUGCUCAUGAAACCCAGUUGGUCUCACCUCCUGUUUUCUCAACCUUCACUACUGAGCCAUCAACUGCUCCCUUUACUCCUCCUCCUGAGUCUGUUCAUUUGACUACACCGUCAUCACCUGAGGUUCCAUUUGCUCAGCUGCUUGAUCCUCACUUCCGGAAUGGUGAAGGUGGUCAGAGAUUCCCAUUGUCUCACUAUGAAUUUCAAUCUUACCAACUUUACCCUGGAAGCCCAGUGGGUCAGCUUAUAUCACCAAGUUCAGGCAUCUCAGGUUCUGGUACUUCUUCUCCUUUCCCUGACCUUGAGUUUGCUGCUCGUGGUCAUCAUUUUCUGGAGUUCCGAACAGGUGAUCCUCCCAAGCUCUUGAACCUCGACAUUCUCUCCACCCGUGAUUGGGGUUCAAGACUAGGAUCUGGUUCUGUAACCCCCGAUGGUGCAAAGUCCACAUCUUCUGAUGGUUUUCUUCUAAAGCCUCAAACCCCUGAGGUUGUAUUAAAUCCACGAUCAAACAAUAGAGGUCGAAAUAAUGAUAUUUCCAUCAACCACAGAGUUUCAUUUGAGUUAAGUUCUGAAGAAGUUAUCAGAUGCGUGGAAAAGAAGCCAGUCGCAUUAGCUGAAGCUGUAUCAACAUCUCUAGAAGAUACAGAGAAGGCCCAAAGCAAAGAAGAUCCUAGUAAAGUAGUAAGCAGUUCUAUUUGCCCUGUUGGUGAGACAUCCAAUGAUGCAGCAGAAAAAGCCGUGGCGGAUGGGGAGGAGGCACAGCUGCAUCCAAAGCAGCGAUCCAUCACGCUUGGUUCUGUCAAGGAAUUUAAUUUUGACAAUCCAGAUGGAGGAGAUUCUGGUAACUCUAUUGGCUCUGACUGGUGGGCAAAUGAGAAGGUUGAUGCCAAGGAGAAUGGCCCAACAAAGAAUUGGUCGUUCUUCCCUAUGAUGCAGCCGGGUGUUAGUUAGCUAGUAUGCAUCUCACUUGAUGCCUCCCUAUCCCGUGGAGCAUUUGAAUUCGAAUUUUGCGGUACAACAUGGAUUUUAGUUUUCCAAACUGGAUUGACAUCAAGGACCAUACUAAUGCUACACUGGCCUCAAAUUACAGACAAAAUUUUGGGUUUUAGAUUGGAAAGUCUUUUACAGGAUGACUGAGCCGGGUCUAAGGCUGUUUUUGUACAUGGUGACCUGGAAUUCAAGCUCAGAAACUGUGCAGAGACAAAGUAUGGAUAUGGAUAGUAUAAAAUCACAGAGAUUAGUGUCAACUUUUGGAAGGUUAAUGUGUUUGAUGUAUUAUAUUAAAUUACAAUAGAUGUAGGUAGAUAAGAAGGAUUACAUUAAUAAAUAAUAGUGGACUGCUAAUUGAUAAUGUUGUUGCGUUUAUCUUUGACCCCUCUUUGCUUCAUGACUUUUCUUAUGGAAUAUACAGGGUAUGUUGUUGUUUACCGGUUCAA